AUGUCCCACAGGAACAAGGAGAAUAACCGUCUCCAUCAUCGCGAGCAGACCCCGCAGAACAUCAGCACCAAGAAGUCCUGUCCGGCUGAUUACUCCCAGUUACCAGCGCAGUCAUAUGGGCAUGGGGAGAACCAAGUCGCAGGAGAGCUGCCAAAGUGCGUGUGCGCCCCGGCAACACACGCAGGAUCCUUCAGGUGCAGGCUGCACAGGGCUAACUCUCACAGCCAGUCGGCUACCCCGGCAUCUUCUUCAUCAGCUCUGGCAACGUCCACCAGGACUGUCGAGGCCCAGUAG